CAAAAACAACACUGUUUGAUCUGAUUUAAACAGCGUCUAACAAGCAACAGCAGCAGUCAGCAAGCGACGAACCGCACGUACAACCGACACAUCGCAACACAAUGGGCGAUCAGAAAGGCACGCGCGUCUACGUCGGCAACCUUACCGAUAAAGUGAAGAAGGAGGAUCUCGAGGGCGAAUUCACCAAGUACGGUAAAUUGAACUCUGUCUGGGUAGCUUUCAAUCCACCAGGUUUCGCCUUCAUUGAGUUCGAAAACAAGGAAGAGGCGGAAACGGCCUGUGACAAUCUAAACGGUCAGGACAUCCUCGGUUCGAAGCUGCGCGUCGAAAUUUCCAAGGGCCGCCGGAAUCCACGUGGCGCAUCCCGCGGGUUCCGUGGACCGCCGGGCCGUAACGGGGGCAGCGGUAGCAGUAGUAUCGGUGGAAGCGGUGGUGGUGGCAGCUUCCGCAAUGGGUCGCGCGGUGGCUUCCGGGACGGUGGUUCGAGCUAUCGAAGCGGUAGCAGCGGCGGUGGCGGCGGCGGUGGUGGCAGCUUCCGUGGCGGUAGCCGUAGCUCGGGCCGGUUUGACGGUGGUUAUGGUAGCAGUGGCGGCGGUGGCGGUGGUCGCUCGAGCGGUGGCUACAGCCGGGAUGGUGGCCGCGACGGUGGUUACGGUAGCAGUGGUGGUAGCUUCGGCGGUGGUGGUUACGGUGGUGGCCGUAGCAGUGGUGGCGGUGGUGGACGCUUCCGUUCACGGUCUCCGGUCGGUGGACGGGGUCGGUAUUAGAAAGG